AUGUUGCGUCAAGUGGUAAGAUCAUCCGGCGUUUUUGCAAGGAACAGUUGUAGAUUAGGUUUGGUUCGUUAUCAAUCGACUGCUGGUACAUCUACUCCAGCUGCUGCGGUUGAUCCAAAGAUUUCUCAAAUCGUUCAAGAUAUCUCCAAAUUGACUUUAUUGGAAACUUCUGCUUUGAUUCAAGAAUUGAAGACUCAAUUGAACAUCCCAGAUAUUUCGUUCCCAGCAGCUGGUGCUGGUUCAGCUGCCCCAGCUGCUCCAGCUGAAGAAGCCAAGGAAGAAGAAGUCGUUGAAGAGAAGACUAUUUUCUCCAUCAAGUUAGAAUCGUUUGAUGCCAAGUCUAAGCCUAAGAUCAUCAAAGAAGUUAAGAACUUGUUAGGUUUGUCAUUGGUUGAAGCUAAGAAGUUUGUGGAAAGUGCUCCAAAGGUUUUGAAGGAAAACGUCGCUAAGGAAGACGCUGACAAGGUUAAGGCUGCAUUGGAAGGGCUAGGUGCCAAGAUUGUCUUGGAAUAG